UCGUUGAGAGUAAACGAUAACUCAAAAAUGUUAGCAGUGUUAUUAGCAUUUAUAUCUAUAGUAGUAACGUUUAUUUACAUAAAUGGAAGAUACAAUGAAAAUUAUUGGAAAAAACGAGGUGUUGCAUUCUACAAGAAAAACAAAGUUAUGGGUGUGUUUUGGGAUUUUAUGACAAAACCCAAAGCGUUAUUUGAAAAUCUUUGUGAUAUUUACAAAGAGUAUCCUGACGAACCUGCCGUUGGAAUCGGAACGCUUUUCACGCCAACUUUGUAUGUCCGAGAUCCGCUGAAUAUUCAGCAUGUACUUACAACAAACUUCAAAUCUUUCAACCACAGAGGCUUGGAACCAAAUGAAGAUGACAUCCUUGCUGGUAGUAUACUAUUUCUGAACGGCACAAAAUGGAAAAUGCUGCGGCAAAGCAUGACACCACUCUUCACGUCUGCAAAACUAAAAAGCAUGUACUGCGUUAUGGACAAAAGUGCUCAAGAGUUUGUUCUUUACCUCAAAGAAAACCCUAAAUUAUUGAAAGGCGAUACGUUUCAUAAUCUAUCAACAUUCUGCAGUGCGGCCAUCGGAGCUUCUGUAUUCGGAGUGACAACAAAAUCAAUGUUCGAUUCACCAUUCCUAGAUGUCGCCCGAAGAGCAAUUAAUACAGGAAUUGUACGAAAUAUAAAAUUCACUAUCGGGAAUUUAAGUCAAUCAAUGUUCAAAAUGCUUAAUCUCAAUAUAUUCAAAGAGUUUGAACCCUUUUUCAUCACUGCUAUUAAGCAAAUCAUUCAACAACGCAAGCUCGAGAAUGUAAAGAAAAAUGAUUUUGCAGAUAUCUGUGUGACUUUACAAGACAAUGGAAACUUGAAAGACACUGAUUCUGGUUUGGAGUUAGAACCAACUGACGAAGUGCUAGCUGCUCAAGCGUUCUUCUUUCUUGUCGCGGGUGUAGAGCCUACAGCAACUACAAUGUUUUCAACUUUACUGGAAUUAGGUAAACAUCCUGAAAUUCAGGAACGACUCCAUAAGGAAAUCGACGAAGCAUUUGAGAAACAUGGAAAAGACAUUUCUUGUACCGUCGCUAGUAAUAUGGAAUAUCUAGAUAUGGUGAUAAAUGAGGCUAUGAGACUAAAUCCUCCUAUAGGUUUCCUAUCUCGAAAAUGUGUUGAAAACACUGUUUUACCCGUAGGUAAUAUUAAAGUUGACAAAGGAACUAAUAUAACGUUACCUAUCUACGAACUUCAUCACGAUCCUAAAUACCACCCGGAUCCCGAAACGUUCAACCCAGAAAGAUUUUCCACAGAGAACAAGAAUUCUAUAAUGGAUACUACUUACAUGCCUUUUGGUAGAGGAAACAGGAAUUGCGUGGGUAUGAGAUUCGCGCAAUUACAAGCCAAAUCUGGACUCAUUCAUUUACUGCGCAAUUUUUCUGUCAAUACGAAGAUAUUAGAAGGGGGAAUCAAAUACAGUAAAGAACAAUUCCAAGUUAGAGUAACUAAUGUAAAUGUUGAAUUAAUUCCUAGAUACUAGAUAUUAAUGUGAGGAAUAGGUGAGACGAAACUAUCAACUUCAAGACAGCAGUUUGUUUAAUAAAAAUAAGUAAAAAAUGUUAUCUUGAGAAAUAUCUCAUAGCAGCUUUAAAUAAACUUAAAAUAAUUGGGUAUAAUAAUAAUUAAACUAAGUUAAUUUUAAAA